ACCAGGGGGUGGAGUUGGGGAAAGUUCAGGCAUGUGACUCGGAGGCUGCUGCUGCUGCUCUUGCUGACAUUACAUCACUGCAACUCGCGCGGAGCGGCUCUCGCCAGCCCGAAGUCAACAGCGCGCCGUUGAGCUUCGCGCGCUCGGCGCUGUCUGAUCGCUCCCUCGCCCGCUUGCCGUGGGCCUUCCCGGGGGGCCGGAGCUCGCUGCCUGCUCCCGACCUGCCCCUCUUUCUCCCGAGAGGGGGAAUUCUGGUUGCCCUGUCGCCUCCCCUUCCGGGGCUGCCGGCGCGCCUGGAGCUGCUGUUGCUGACGCGGAUACGACAGCUGCAGAGCACUCCAAAUUUUGGAAAUUUGGGGCUGGCAACCCUAGAUACGCACGAACAAACUGCAACUGCUUGUGGAUCCACAAAGGGCCUUCUCCAUUUUGUGAGGAUAUUGUAACACUGGAUUCAAAUGUCUUAAGCUUCGCCUUAAUCAUGCUUUAGAGACAAGAAGGACAUGAGGAGCCCCACAAGAGCAACCAUCAUGGGUCCUACACAGCUCGUGGCACAGAAUCAUGGGAAGAAGGCAUGUGCUUUUGGCAUGGAGGAGAAAGGGUUUGCACUUUUCCAUGGCUCAGAGAUCCCACCUGAGCACAUAGAAACACCCCCUCUGAAACGGAAGAAGGGGCCAGCCCCCAAGAUGCUUGGCAACGAGGUGUGCAGAGUGUGUGGUGACAAGGCCUCAGGCUUCCACUACAAUGUCCUCAGCUGCGAGGGCUGCAAGGGCUUUUUCCGACGCAGCGUCAUCAAGGGUGCCCAGUAUGUUUGCAAGAAUGGCGGCAGGUGUGAGAUGGACAUGUACAUGCGGCGAAAGUGUCAGGAGUGCCGGUUACGCAAAUGCCACGAGGCAGGCAUGCGAGAGCAAUGUGUUCUCUCUGAAGAACAAAUCCAGCUGAAGAAGUUGAAGAAGCAGGAGGACGAUCAGUCUCGGAUGGUAGUUGUGCGCCAGAGCUCAUUAUCCCCCCCAAAUACCCCUCCUAAAAUGACACCGGAGCAGCUUGACAUGAUAGAAAAGCUUGUGGCAGCUCAACAGCAGUGUAAUCGGCGCUCCUUCACAGACAGGCUCAAAGUGACGCCGUGGCCUCAGAUUUCAGAUCCUCUUCACCGCGAAGCACGACAGCAGCGUUUUGCUCAUUUUACAGAACUGGCAAUCAUUUCUGUACAGGAGAUUGUGGACUUUGCAAAGCAGUUGCCGGGUUUCCUGGAGCUCACCAGGGAAGAUCAGAUUGCUCUUCUGAAACUUUCUACAUUUAAGGUGAUGCUGUUGGAGACAUCUCGGCGCUACAAUCCAGAAACAGAAUGCAUCACUUUUCUGAAGGACUUGAGUUAUAAUCGGGAUGACUUUGCCAAAGCUGGCCUUCAGUUUGAGUUCAUCAACCCCAUCUUUGGAUUUUCAAAGGGAAUGAAUGAACUGCAACUCAAUGAUGCUGAAUAUGCACUUUUAAUUGCUAUCAGCAUUUUUUCUGCAGACCGGCCAAAUGUUCAAGACCAGACCCUGGUGGAAAGGUUGCAGCAUACCUAUGUAGAAGCCCUUCAUUCUUACAUUUGCAUCCACAGACCAAACGAUCAUCUAAUGUUCCCACGGAUGUUAAUGAAACUGGUCAGUCUUCGGACUCUAAGUAGCGUCCAUUCUGAACAGGUGUUUGCUCUUCGGCUGCAGGACAAGAAGCUGCCACCCCUUCUUUCAGAGAUUUGGGAUGUCAAUGAAUGACCACACUGUCCCCGUGCACCAGCUAGCUGAAGCAACCCCAUCCUUGACUGUUGCUAACCAGAAGCUGUCCUCCCCUCUCCAAAACACUGGAGCUCAGUGCAGAGGGCUAUGGUCUUGUGGUUUCUUUGUUCUGAAACAAUGCAGAAGGCAAUUGAGAUGGACCAGUUAAUGCUUGAGUCUUUGAUUUUAAUGCCUUCCAGAAAUGGAACAACUGAAACACUUCAAUGUAGUAGAGAUGACGAACCCACCCUAAUAAUUUCUCCAGUGGCUCUCCUCCUUCAGGCACUUAUCCUGUGUUUAAUUUCAAGGACCUGUCAUACACCCCCCACCCCCCCUCAGGGUUUCAGAGGCACGUCCCCAUUAUGUAUCCAGUUUGUUUAGUUUACUGAGAGUUGUCUGGACUGAAUAUUCUAAAUACAUUUUCUCAUUCAUAGAUGUUUCUGGCAAUCUCGAGUAGUUUUUGGUUCUUGACAGAUUCCCCCCCCCUCAGAAACUUGUAACCAUAAUGCAAUUUUGUUGACUUUUUCAAAGGGGCUCUGAAGGUUGGAAGGGUAGCUGUAUCAUAAGAAAACUCAGUGAUAUUUCCUUUCCCAACUCCUAUCCCCACCCCUCAAAUACCACCACUGGUAUUUUAGGGCCAUUCAUGUGUAUAUCAAAAAUGCACAGGGAGCCAUGCCCAGUAACCAAUCCCUGCUAUGCAGCUGCUUCUAAUGUGAAGGUGUACAUCACAUGUACACACAACAUGCAUUUGUGCAGCCCCAUCCUGUAUACGGAUACUAAAAAGUAAGUCCUGCUGAGUUCAGCGUGGCUUGCAUUCAGUUGAUUACACAUAGGACUGCAGUCUCAAUGAGCAAUCUGUGAAGUGGCCCUUAUAAAGUUUGUGAACUUGCAGAUUAGCAUAGCUUCAACAUGGGACACAUCUUACCUGUAGAAUCUGCACUGAGCAGCAUGCUUGCUUUAUAACUAUCAACCCUCUUGCCCACAGUCAGACAUGGUCUUGGCAUAGUGGAGAUCAAUGCUGUUCCUUGCCAUACAGUUUCUGUGUAGAUACCAUUUGUUGCACCUGUAUUCCUUUUGGGUUUCAUAAACAUGAAAACAUGACAAAUGAUUUCGUAGAAGGUUGUGUCUAUAUGAACAUGUCUAGUUCAUUAUUUUUUGGCUUGUGGGGAAUGCAUAUUGUGCCAGGUGGAUCAGAGGAACAUUCCAAGGACAGAAAUCCAAGAGAUUUGUGUGGUUAGCUCAGGAUGCCAGCUGUAUGUUCUGUCAUGUAUUGUACUACUCCUUCAGUCAUGUGGACAGGAAAGAUCUGCGUGGGAAGGUGUCUCUAUGCCUGGACUCCAGGGAUCAAGAAUGUUCCCUGUCCUUGUAUUUUGAGAUAUCUGUAUGAGCUUACAGUGGGUGUGUAUGUAUGUUGUAAUAGUAUCAAACAUUACUUGGGUAUCUGUGUAAUGUGGGUACUGAUGUCUAUUUUAGUAAGAGAAGAGACACUUUGAAACAGGCAAUUUGGAACAGAAUUGGUGGUGCUUAACCCUUAUCCUUCCCACUGAUUUUCAGCUGCAACUCCCCUCCCUACCAGCCAUUUCCUCUAUAGAGUUCCAGACAUAAUGUUUAUAAGGGUAAAAUAUGUCUCUGGACCCCAUGUGGAAAGAAAAGCAACUGGAGAACUGUUGCAGCAAAAAAUGGCAGCUAUGCAAAGAGUUAAGAACUUUCUCCCCUCCAACCUGGUUCUUCACUCCAAAUUUGUCUUACAAAACAAUCUUUUCCUCUGCUGCCCUAUCUUCAGAAAGAAAAAUAUCAGUUUGCAUGUGUGAUCCAAGUUUACGCUGAGAAAAGCAAGGGGCCUAAAUCUAUUUUGAGGUGUAUGUUUAUAAUCCUUCCUUCUCGUCUUUGAACAUGUCAAGCUUUUAUCUACCAUUAUAAAUAUGGUAGUUGAAUGUUUUCAGCCUGGUCCUAUGCAGAGUUAGGCACACCCAAUCAAUGUGCUUAAGCAUACCUAAGUUUGCAUAGAGGAUUAACUUACUUGAAGAAAAACACCCAUCCUUCUGUUUGCUAGAAGAAACAAAUUGAUACCGGUAAUUAAAUCUGCGAUUCCCUGGCAUUGCAGUAGUAUGUGCUUCCUUUGUUGGGAUUUAAAUUGCUUGCCCUGCAACCAUCCUAAGAGCCUGGGCCCAUGAACCAAUGUGAUUGUUGACUGUAGCAAGUGCCAUGCCUACGGUGUCGGCCUUGUGUCUGUUUUGCACUUGAGGUUGGUCUCUUUCCACUGGCCUUCACUCACUCUAUAAAGCACUUGUAACAAUUUGAAAAAUCUGUUUUUUAUAUAUAUAACUUUGCUGUUGCAAUAUCCUUUACGUUUAAUUCUGUAUUUUUGACUGUUUGCAAAAUGCUAAUGUUUAUGCAAAAAAUUAAAACUAAUACAUAAUGUUCACUGUUA